GACUGUCAAGUUUUUGUUUACAAAAAGUUGACAAAAAGUUAGUACUUUUGAAAAAUACUUUUCUUGCUAUUACCAUCGGUUUGUUGAUUAUAUUACCUACUGAAACAUACCCAGCUUCUAUAUCUUUGACAAAUUUUCGUGUCGUGUAAAGUUAAUUCGCGAUUUCAUAAUUUUCAUAACUCCACAGGCCGGCUAUGCCUCACACGAAACGACACAGUUGUAUUCGUUAAUUUAUCACCUUAUGCAGUGACCUUGGAAUAUUAUCACAUAUUAUCGUAUUUGGUGACAACUCUGUGUUCUCUGCAGUCUUUUCGGCGUACGCAGUGUAAUCACAAGCAGUAGUUAUCGUAUAUUGCUCAACCAUGGCUGCCGGCGCUCUCCUGAAGUCUUCUCACUUUAUCUUACAGUCAGCCAGCACACUGAAGCAGCUGGCCCCGCUAUGCCGCAGCUUCACCGUCCAGCUCUCGGAGCAACAGUGCUAUAUCCAGGAGUUGUGCAGGAACUUCGCCGAGACCCACCUCAAGCCCAAAGCCUCCAAGCUGGACAAAGAUGGAUUGUUCCCUACUGAAGAGAUAAAGAAGCUGACAGACCUCGGCCUGAUGGGCGCGACUGUCAGCAAAGACCUCGGAGGACUGCAACUGGACUACCUGUCCCUGGCCAUAGCGGUGGAGGAGCUGUCCCGAGGUUGCGCCAGCACCGGCAUGAUCGCCUCCAUACACAACUUCCUGUACGUGAACCUGGUGAAUGAACGAGGGACUGAGGAGCAGAAGGAGCUGUUCUUGAAGGAUUAUGUGACGGGAAAGCUUGGCUGCUUCGCCUUGAGUGAGCCUGGAGCGGGCAGCGACGUGGCCAGCAUCAGUACCAUCGCUCGCGAGGAUGGUGACUUCUGGGUCCUCAACGGCACCAAGAGCUGGGUGACCUCGUGCAUCGAGGCGUGGGGCACCGUCGUGUUCGCCACCGUCGACCCUGAGUUGAAACAUAAGGGGAUCACUUGUUUCCUUGUUCCUCUCGACGCUGAAGGAGUGUUCAGAGGAAGGAAACAACCCAUCAUGGGCAUCAGGGCGGCAACAGCAUGCGACUUGAACCUGCAGAACGUUCGCAUCCCCCGCUCCUACAUGGUGGGCGCGCCGGGCGAGGGGUUCCGCACCGCCAUGGCGCAGCUCGACCAGGCGCGCAUCGGCAUCGCCGCGCACGCCACAGGUAUCGCGCAGUCUGCACUAGACACGGCCAUAGACUACGCCAAGCAGCGGGUCGCAUUUGGCAAACCGCUAACUAAGCUGCCCUCUGUCAUUGACCGUCUAACCGAAAUGUCAGUAUUAGUCGAAACCUCCCGCCUGCUCACGUACAGGGCGGCCACAGAGCUCAGCACUAAGAACAGUGCGAUGGCGAAGUACGUGGCCGGGCGGAACGCACUCACGGUCGCCGACCACUGCGUGCAGAUCAUGGGCGGGAAGGGACUGUCCACAGAGUACGAUGCCGAGAGACACUUUAGGGACUCUCGAGGCACCCAGAUCUACGGCGGAGUGACGGAUGUGCAGAAGAGACUGAUCGGACACUUUCUACUGAAGGAGAACGAUGCGCUAUGACGCCGACGUAAGGUAAAAUAGUCCAUAUUAUACUUAAAUAUCAGCUGCCAGAGUUUGUUAUCGACGUCGAUAAACUUGUUUAACGCGCGUUCCACCAAUCACAGCCCACUAUUUAUGACGAAUCGCGAUAUAGUGUUGUUUGUCUAUGUCGAUAACGAACCCGUGUAGCGGAAGCUAGGAUCUUGCCAUCAUCAGAUAUCUUUGAAAGCUAUGUACCUACUUGAAUUGUUAUUAAAAAUACAACUUGUAUAACUUUCAAAGUAAGUUCUAGAUUUUAUAAUGAUGUAUGUAUGGACUGAUAUGAGAAAAUAUAUAUUACGUGAAUUUAAACCAGUUAUACUAAAAAAGGCUUCCAUUAUUGUAAUAGUUCAUAGCUAGUCAUACGUAAAUUGUAGAAUAAUUAAUCUGCUAUAUUUUGGAUAAUUUAGAAAGCAAUAAUUUAGUCUAUCUUGAUAUUGACUGAAAAUAUGGAUAUGAUAAAUGAAUGCUGGGAAACAAAUAUAUAAUAGCAGGGUUUGAUUUCGAUUUAUAGGCGCUUUAUGUACUUAUUUAAUGUUAUAUGUAAGUAUUAAGUUACGAAAAUUCCCAUUCUAAAUAAGCAAUAUCGUAUACUGUACUAAGUAUGAUCUAAUGAAUCAAUGCAUUUAUAAGUAAGUAGGUACAUAUUAUAAGUAAUAUUUUAUUAUUAUAUCCGUUUUAGAAAGCUAUACACGUUGUUAAAAAUUGAAUUUGUUAUUUAAUAAAAUAAUUUUAAAUAAA